AUGAGAGCCUCUGCGAUUUCGAAGUUGCACCCGCAGCAAAGCGCGCAUGAGACGGCUCUCGCAAAGCUAGGAUACAAGCAGAAGCUUUACAGGGAAUUUUCUCCGCUAGAGGUGAGCCUGAUGUCAGACUCUUUUGUAUAUGUGAUACAACCCAACAGCUGUACAGUCUCCGUGCUCUUUUAUGCCAUACCGAAUGGCGGGCCUUUCGCCGUGGUUUUUUGGUGGGCAAACUCUUGUCCUUUUAUCAUGUGCAUCGGGUUGGCGAUGGCAGCACUCGCGUCAGCAGCGCCUACUUCCGGUGGUCUAUACUACUGGACUUACCCACUUGCUGCUCCACGAUGUCGCAAUUUUCUGUUGUGGUUGGUUGGUUUCUCAUCUGAUUGCGUGGGGCUAGAUUUCGUAAACUGGACUUGCGCAACUCAAAUCACAGCAGCAAUCAGGAUCGCCUCCUCUGACCUGUCAUAUGCGACCACCAACAAGCAGCUCUACGGUAUAUACGCAGCUUUGGUUUUGUCCAAUGCUGUCCUCGUGAGCUUCGGUACUAAAGUUUUGGCAAGGCUACAGAGACUACAUGUUGGAACACCCAAACCUUUUGGAGUUAAACGGUAA